AUGCUACUGCUGUUGGUCGUUUGGUUUUUCAUCACAUGCUCACUCAUUCUUCUCCUUUUAUACUCCUUUUCUGUUUUUUUCUCCUCAGUCCCCCUGUCCCUUCCGCAGCCUCCUCUCCCUCUGUCCUUGCCUGUCCAUAUGUCCAUCAUCCCUCCUCCUCCUUGGAAGUUCCUACCUGUGUCCCAGGAGAACCUGAGUCCUAACUUCUCCAACUCCAGCCCAUUUUCCUUCUCAAGAAGCCUCUUCAUGGUCCCUCCUCCGGGUGGUUGGGGUCCCAGCGCGAGCCUUCAAGCUUCAUAUGGCCCUUACUCGGUGUCACAGCAAAUACCCAAGGCUGUCCUCCCGCUGUCUCCCACUAUAUCCACUUACCUUUUGUCAGAGCAUGUGCAGAGAGAGAUGGGUGAGGACGGACAACAGAGGUUUAGGCUGAGGAUGCUGUUUCACCAGAUGGGUGACUCCAGCACCCAACGGACUUGUGUCACUCUGCACGCCUUCAGAGAGACCGAGGAACAAAAGGCAUCCUGUAUAACACAGCCUCCUUUGGGUCUCUGUGUGGUCACUCUAAUGCUGCCGGGCAGCUGGUUCAUGGAUCGGCACAGGAACAGGUCACAUCAAGAAUUGCACAUCAAGUCACACAACAGUGUUCGCCUUCGCAGCCGUCUCCAGAGACGCAGGUGGCGUUCAGGGGGACACCCUUCCAGCAGACACCAUCUUGGGGUUAACCAGGGUGACGUUCCUGAAGCAUUAAGGAACACAAAAGGCCACGUAAGAAACCAUAUACAGCUGUACUACUCCUACUUUGAGGCAUCACUUAACCUGAAGAUAAUAUCACCAGGAUGUGUGGAGGACAAAGAUACUCAGUCCCAGAGACAGCUCUUCUAUCUUAAAGCAGUAGCUUUGAAGGAGGAAGAGGAGGAGGAGGAAGAGGAGGAGGAGGAGGAACACACAGGAAAGAGGAGCAGCGCCAUAAAGGAAGUUUGCUUAAACAGGGUUAGGCAGCAUGAGGAGGAGGAGCUUAGUUUAGACUCCCAUGUUGUGAUUCGUUAUCUCAGGGGUCCAGUCUUGAUCGGACAGCCCGUCAGGGUGUCCGUAAAUCUGCGGUCCAACUUCAGCUCAGAGUUCGUUAUCAUAAAGCUGAGAGUGAAGAAGGGUUUGGUAUCGAUGAUUGCGGAGCGAAUGCUGCAGUCAGACGUGUGGACAGUUACCGUGGAGAGAAAUCAAGGCUCCAGGCAUGAUGUGGUGUCCAUCGUCUGCCACAAACAGAGUCUUGUCAAACAAGCCCACAAUCCUACUCUCCUCCAGCAGGUGGUGUGUCUGACGUUGGAAGGCCUAAAGCAUAGUUUCACUGUUGCCAUGACGGUAUCUGCUCACUGGUGGGUAGAGUACUCUGGACAAAGUAAGCCCUCUGGACCACGUGGGGCAGGAGUGAGUUUCUUCUCCUUCACUGAUCGACACUUGUAUGGCAUCGCACCCAUCGCAGAGGACAACAGGAUCAUCAACACUGCCAUUCUGACCAACCAGCCUGUGUCACUUACUGUGACUGUGCUGGCCGUGGGCCACGGCGGAAGUGUGUCAGAUGUCACCUCUGCAGUCACGUGUCACUCAACCAACCACAACAUGGUCAAGGUGUCUCCUGACUGUUCCACCAUCUUUGUGGAUGGCAGUGAGUCAGGGCUGGGCAGCACUUGUGCAGUGGUGGAGUUUCUCCUUGGUAAGCUCAGUGGGUCAGUGUGUCUGGAGGUGUGGGCCCCAUCUUUACCUCUGCGUGUGUCCUUGUCAGACCCCAUACUUAACGCCAUCAGCGGCUGGAAUCAAAUCAAAGAGAACAGGUGUGAGCCGGUGUAUCAGCGCGCCACGGUUCAGGUUUUGGCUCAGUUUACGGCUCAGGACUCCCGCAGGAGAACGGUUUACCUGUUACAAUCAUUUGAUUGGUUUGUGGACGUGACACCGCUGGUCAGGGAUUGGAUUAGAAUAGAUGACCCGAUGGUGGCCGCCUUCGAUGCCCAGGACAAUGUCAUCGGUUUACGGCCGGGGAAGACAUCACUCUAUAUUGUGUCAGAGCAAUGGGACGGUGUGUUGGGCAAGUGUGACAUCACCGUGACCACAGACGCAGUCUCUCCAGCAGACCUGUCCGUGCAGGUGGUCGGCGGCCUGGGAAUGACAGUCUCUGGAAACUCUGUCCACCCGUCCGUCGUCACGACAACAGUGACAGCCUUCAAUGUCCUGUAUGACCACCAGCAGGAGGCGUCUGUCAGUGUGUGGCUCCAGUUCAGCGACGACACAGCCACCCUCCUCUCCACUUUCGGUGACCUUUCUUACCUCCUGCGUCUCUCCUCAUUGGCCGAGUCAGUGGUGGGGGUGACACCUGGCCCUGACCAGCAUGUCUUUGCCCAAGGCGAUGGCGGUGGACCUUUGCUGAGGGCAGAAGUGCUGGUUUCCACCUGUACUGAGCAGCCAAUCACAUCUAACUUCAUCGUAGAGAGUGUCAAUGAUUGGAUCGAUCCAGAAGAAGAAGAAGAACAGAGAGGAAGAGGAGUGAGGAGGCUAACAAUGAGGCUGGCCCAGGGCUCUGGUUGGGUGAGAGUCAAUCUGGACCUGGACUUCCUGCGGCCAACGGACAAGGGUGAGGAGUUUGAGUUUGACAUUUCAGAUAUGCUUAUGGAGUCCGAGGGAAAUAUCUUCGAGGAAGAAAACAACGGAAACAUCAGCCAAUAUGACGUUGACGUAACGACGUCGACGGCCAGUCAGAAGUGGACCAAGGUGGAUAAGAGGGGAAUGGUCAGUCAGAACCAUCAGGAGACAUUUGUCUCAUCACCAAACCAGGAAGAGAGUUUUGUGUACUUCUCACCAAGCCUGGAGAACAGAGGACAGAAAGAAGAGGAUGAGGAUGAGGAAGAUGAGGAAGACGCCGAGACAGAGUUGGAGGCCGUCGUGGCCGCUGUCCUCUCUCUACUCUGUCUGUCCACUGUCCUCUUCCUGGCAAACUGCCUGCCCUGUGCUCUACGAGACAGGAAAAGGAAGGGGCCGAGGAUGAGGACAAGCGAGGCAGAAGAGGAGACAGAGAGAGGGGAACAAGAGGAUGACGCAAGAGGUGCAGAGGACAACGAGACGGACAAAAGUGAAGGAGAGAAGGAGAAGUACGAUGGCCGAAAGGACUUAGAUGGUCACGAGGAAGAGGACAACACAGGGGAUAGUGGAGAAGGGACACUGGGGCAGCGAUAGGUUCACGGACCGGAGAAAUCUAGUACCUUGGGAGACUCCAAGAAGUUGAGUCAUACAUUUUCAACGUCCAGACGAUCUGACUGAACACUCCAACGCGAUGAGGAACUUGUGUGUAACCUAAUCGUCCACUCCUGUAUUUGAUCUUCAGCCGGUGGAAUCAGGGUCGUAGUGGAAAAACCUGGCAUCGCACAGGAUUCCGGUAAUCUCAGGAUCGGCUUUUAAAGACAUGGAAGAAGAUGAGAAACGUCUUCGGCAUCAGACAAGUCAGGAGAUGAAACUCACCUGGGUGAUGUGAUGGACCUGCACCUGCAUUGCGUAACACUCUGUGGUAGGUUUUACAAUAGUCAUCUGGAGCUGAAGAUACUGAUGGUGACUGACUCUAUAUCUAAAGGUCAAUGGAAGGGUAAGAAGAAGCUGAGAAGACAAACACAAAUGUGUCCUCAGCCCCUAACCCAGACAUGGGCAAACUAAGGCCCGGGGACGCAUUCAGCCCGUUAAGCUUUUCAAUCCGGCCCGCUAAACUUUUCCAAAUUAUAUAAUUCAUUUAUAUUAUCAUGAUACUUCUGCCUUUUCCCUGCAAUAUCCACGUCUUCCCAAUAGAUGG